AAAUGGUCCCACUGUGCGGCGGCGACGGCGACUGAGCGGGCAAUGGGCGCUUAAGGCCAAUCAACGCAGCAAAUUUUCAAACAGUUGAUUUUUCGAGGCUGAGCUGCAACGACGACAUUUACACUGGACUAGCCAGCGAGAACCGACGAACGGGGACGCCACCGCCAAAGACAAAGGAGCAGAGCGCGCGCAGAGGAGCAGCGGAGGAGUGUGGAGCUGAAAAGUAACUGUAUCGCUCAAUUUGCACUCCAGUGAUAAACGGCAGCAGCUAUCAGCCGGAGCCCGUGGCCUCUGAAAGAAUCAUCGAUAAAGACAGAAUCAAGAUGCUGGCGCUGUGGCUUUCAAUGGCUCUCGCUCUCGCAACGGUCGGCAGCGGGUACAUCAUCAAGGAAGAUGAUUCCUUUCUGCAGCAACCCCACUACGUGAGCCAGGAGCAGCUGGAGGACUUGUUCGCCGGACUGGAGAAGGCCUAUCCCGACCAGGCACGCGUCCACUACCUGGGCCGUUCGCUGGAGGGCAGGAACCUGCUGGCCCUGCAGAUCUCGCGGAACACCCGACAGCGGAACCUGCUGACUCCGCCGGUGAAGUACAUUGCCAACAUGCACGGAGACGAGACCGUCGGCAGGCAGCUGCUAGUGUACCUGGCCCAGUAUCUGCUGGGCAACUACGAGCGGGUUCCGGAUCUGGGCCGGCUGGUUAACAGUACGGACAUUUACCUGAUGCCCACCAUGAAUCCGGACGGCUAUGCGUUGUCGCAGGAGGGCAACUGCGAAUCGCUGCCCAACUAUGUGGGUCGCGGCAAUGCGGCCGGCAUCGAUCUGAAUCGCGAUUUUCCCGAUCGCCUCGAGCAGUCGCACGUCCACCAACUGCGCGCUCAAUCCCGCCAGCCGGAAACGGCAGCCCUAGUGAACUGGAUUGUGAGCAAGCCGUUCGUGCUCUCCGCCAACUUCCAUGGCGGCGCCGUGGUGGCCAGUUAUCCGUACGACAACUCCAUUGCCCACAACGAGUGCUGCGAGGAGAGCCUGACCCCGGACGAUCGAGUGUUCAAGCAGCUGGCCCACACCUACUCGGACAACCACCCGAUCAUGCGCAAGGGCAACAACUGCAACGACAGCUUCUCCGGCGGCAUCACCAACGGCGCCAACUGGUACGAGCUGUCCGGCGGCAUGCAGGACUUCAACUACGCCUUCAGCAACUGCUUCGAGCUGACCAUCGAGCUCUCCUGCUGCAAGUUUCCGGCUGCCAGCACACUGCCGCAGGAGUGGGCGCGGAACAAGGGAUCGCUCCUGCAGCUGCUGCGUCAGGCGCACAUAGGCAUUAAGGGUCUGGUGGAGGAUGUCAGCGGCUACCCCAUAGCCGAUGCCAAUGUCUACGUGGUUGGACUGGAGGACAAGCCCAUACGGACGUCGAAGCGUGGCGAGUACUGGCGCCUGUUGACCCCGGGCCUCUACAGUGUCCAUGCUGCUGCCUUUGGCUACCAGGCAAGUGCCCCGCAACAGGUGAGGGUGACCAACGACAACCAGGAGGCACUGCGCGUCGACUUCAAGCUGACGCCCGUCGAGACGAACUUUGAUGGCAACUUCCGGAAGGUCAAGGUGGAGCGUUCGGAGCCGCCGGAGAAGCGCAAGGAGCAGUUCCAUGGCUUCCUCACCCCCACCAAGUUCGAGCAUCACAACUUCACGGCCAUGGAGAGCCUCCUUCGCGACAUCUCGGCCAGAUAUCCCUCGCUGACCCGCCUUUACAGCAUUGGCAAGAGCGUCGAGGGCCGCGACCUGUGGGUGCUGGAGAUAUUCGCCACACCCGGAGCCCAUGUGCCCGGCGUGCCCGAGUUCAAGUACGUGGCCAACAUGCAUGGCAACGAGGUGGUGGGCAAGGAGAUGCUCCUGCUGCUCACCAAGUACCUGCUGGAGCGCUAUGGCAACGACGAGCGGGUGACCAAGAUGGUGAACGGCACCCGGAUUCACUUCCUCUACAGCAUGAAUCCCGACGGCUACGAAGUGUCACGGGAAGGAGAUCGCACCGGCGGUGUGGGACGGGCCAAUGCGCAUGGCAUCGAUCUGAACAGGAACUUUCCGGACCAGUACGGGACAGAUAGGUUCAACAAGGUGACGGAGCCCGAGGUGGCCGCUCUGAUGAACUGGACCCUGUCGCUGCCGUUCGUCCUGUCCGCCAAUCUCCAUGGCGGCUCCCUGGUCGCCAACUACCCGUACGACGACAACGAGAACGACUUCAAUGAUCCCUCCAUGAGGCUUCGCAAUUCGAGCAUCAACGGGCGCAAGCCCAAUCCCACCGAGGACAACGCCCUGUUCCGACAUCUGGCCGGGAUCUAUGCCAAUGCCCACCCCACCAUGCAUCUGGGCCAGCCCUGCGAGCUGUUCCAGAACGAGUACUUUGCCGAGGGCAUCACCAACGGGGCGCAGUGGUAUAGCGUCACGGGGGGGAUGCAGGACUGGAACUAUGUGCGGGCCGGGUGUCUGGAGCUAACCAUUGAGAUGGGCUGCGACAAGUUCCCCCUGGCCGCUGAGUUGCCCAAAUACUGGGCGGAUCACCGCGAACCGAUGCUGCAGUUCAUCGAGCAGGUGCACCACGGCAUACAUGGGUUUGUGCACAGCACCAUCGGCACGCCCAUCGCCGGCGCCGUGAUUCGCCUAGAUGGCGCCAACCACUCCAGCUAUAGUCAGACCUUUGGUGACUACUGGAAGCUGGCGCUGCCGGGACGCCACAACCUCACCGUCCUGGGUGACAACUAUGCUCCGCUGCGCGUGGAGGUGGAGGUGCCGGAGGGCGAGCCGCACGAGAUGCGCAUGGACGUCACCCUAAUGCCGGACGAUCCGCAGCACUGGGCGUCGGCCAACGAUUUCCGGAUCAUCGAGAACGUGGUGAACACGCGGUACCACACAAACCCGGAGGUUAGGGCGCGCCUGGCCGAGCUGGAAAACCAGAACGGGCAAAUAGCGAGCUUCGGUUAUGCGGACAACGAGUUCAGCAGAUACUUCAACUACCUGAAGAUGACCUCGGAUAUAGGGGAACCCGAGGAGCACAAGUACAAGCUAUUGGUGGUGAGCUCUCUCUAUGACACGGCCACUCCGCUGGGCAGAGAGAUUCUGCUGAAUCUGGUACGUCACCUGGUUGAAGGCUUCAAGCUGCAGGACGCCUCGGUGGUCCAGCUGCUACAGCGCAGCGUCAUCUAUUUCCUGCCACAGACGCAGAAGUUCCAGCAGGUCUUCGAUAUGUACAAUCUCAACUCUUCCAUUUGCGAUCCCGCUGGGGAUGAGCUGGCGGAGCGCAUCCUCAGUCCAGAGACCGAUCAGGCCAAGGACAUGUUCCUGCAGUUCCUGCACAGCGAGAACUUUGACCUAAUGCUCACCUUCGGUGCAGGCAGCUCCGACCUGAGCUACCCGCGCGGCGACUCAGUCCUGGAAAAGUUCGCCCACAGCAUGCAGCGCACGGAGUUCAAUUACUCGCCGCUGCAGUGCACCAGCUCCGCCACCAGGCAUCAGCACCAGAAGACGACGGAACGCCUGACCAACAUGAUGUACCGCCUGUACAAUCUCCCCGUUUACACGCUGGGCGUCGCCUGCUGCCGGAUGCCCCACCACAAGCAGAUCGCCUCCGUGUGGCGCAAGAACAUUGACAAGAUUAAAAACUUCCUGGCCCUGGUACGGACGGGAGUAAGUGGUCUGGUGCAGAACGACAAGGGGCAGCCGCUGCGCGAGGCCUUUGUCCGGCUGCUGGAGCAUCAGCAGCGCGUUUACAAUGUGACUAAGAACGCGGCACGCUUCCAGCUGAUGUUGCCUCGCGGCAGUUACGGCCUGGAGGUGACCGCCCCCAACUACGAGUCGCAGAUACUCAAUGUUGACAUACAGGAUGGCCAAGUGACGGAGCUGGGCAUUGUCCACCUGCACCCGUUCACGCUGAUACGCGGCGAGGUGCUGGAGCUGCCGAAUAAGUUGAGCGGUGCAGCUGAAGCUGUGGCUGGCACCACCAGCAUUGCGGGCGUCGUGCUGGACGAGAGCAAUCACCCGGUGCGCAAUGCCAAGGUCUCGGUUGUGGGCCAAGCCAAGCUGAGGAACUUCACCAAUAGCCUGGGCCAGUACCAUUUGGCCGCGGUGCCCGUGGGCACCAUCACGCUGAAGGUGGAGGCGCCUCGUCACCUGGAAGCUACCCGGGAGUUGCACCUUAGUCACGGCGGUCACUCUGGCGCCACGGAGAAUGUGGUUUUCCGCCUAAAGGUCAACGAGCAUGUGUUCGGCUUGCCCCGAUUCCUCUUCAUUCUGUUCGCCAGUGUCCUGAUCAUCGUCGGAGUUGUGGUGUGCGUGCUGUGCGCUCAGUUCUGGUUCUAUCGCCGCCAUCGGGGCAACAAGCCGUACUACAACUUCUCGCUGCUGCCGCAGAAGAGCAAGGAACAGCAUUUCGAUCUCGAGGACGACGAGGCAGGCGACGAUGGCGAGACGGAGCUGUUUCGAUCGCCCAUUAAGCGUGGCAUGACUAUUCAGCCGUACUUCGAUGAGGAGCAGUUGGAGCGCAUUCUGCACACAGAUGACGAGGACGAGGACGACGAGGAUGGGCCGCGCAUGGAGCCGGAACUGGAUAUAGCCGAUGACAGUGGCGAUGAGAUUGUGAUGCUGCACAAUCAUGGCCAGAAGCGUCGCCACUAAGAACAGAGGUGGCAGAGGAAAUCCCAGCCCACGACAAAACACACACACACACACACACAACAUAACUGUGAUUCAAAACGUUUUUAAGCGAUGAGGACAGAAGAAGCCAGCGCCAGGCAUUGCUCUUACCUUUUAUUUAUCUUUUUUUUUUGUACAUGUAACUUAAUUAAUUGCGCCAGCGCUUUUAUGUUAAUGAGCAUCACAAUCGUCAGCUUUAAAUAGAAAAUGUUGUGCCCCAAAAAGACGAACCAUACCGUACCGGUGAAUCCCUCGAAUCUCUCGCCCAGCCUCCGGCUUUAGCCCCAUUCGAUAUCUGCACCUGUAUCUGUAUUUGUCCAGCCCAGAAGAGAACUGUAGGCGUUAUAGUAUAACCUAACUAAGACUGAGAGAUUUGCAACUCUAUAGCAACAAAAAGAAUAGAAGAAGCCACAGCAAAGACAUGAAUCUAGCGAAAUAGUCAAUUGUAAAUUGUAUUUGAAAAAGCAAGUUUGUUAAUUGAAAUGAUGAACAAACCUUAGAACGUGGCUCAAAAUGGCUUUUGAAUUGUUUUACAACUGGAAAUUAGUCAAAAAAAGUGUGCAAUUAUGCUACAAGUAUUUGUUUAAAGACAGAAUCUAACGUUUUAUGUCCAUCUGGCUUCCAGAAAAGAAACCACGGCAGCGAGGGAAAACCAAUUGUGCAGCUGUGCCAAGAGAGAAAGAAUAUUAACAGAGUUAACACAGAGCUUUUGUAAAAUUUUCCUUGAUUAACUUGAUAUUAGACGUACUAAAUAUACACCAAAAUAUAUAUAUAUAUAUUUACUGCACGAUUUUAACCGAUUUAAUUUACUUUAAGCUAGAGCACAUAGCCAAGACGAAAAGCGUUAAGACAAAGGUGCAGCAUUUACCAAUAUACUAUAUACCCAUAUAUCGUAUACAUAUCCACAAAAAUAUGGCAAUUAUACAACUAAAUGUAAACUGAAUGAAUAAAUGAAUGAAUAAUGUCCA